AUGGAAGAAGGGAAAGCCAAGUCUUUAUUUGUGAUGGCGUAUUCUGAUCACAGCUCAUAUAGCUCGCUAUAUGAGGUGAAAAUCCAACCAGGAGGACAAGUCAUAGGCGGCGGUGGAGAAUGUAGCAACCGUCGUAAGAGGAGGAGUUCUAGGCGUCGUAGGGUUCUGCUACUUGAGACUGUAGCAGCAAGGUUACCGACGCAUUCACAUUUGGGAACUGCCAGUGUUGUUGCAUUCAACUUUUGGUGGGAUUUAGAUCAGGAAGGUGAUGUUACAUUUUAUAUAAGCCCUCAACCCGAUUUGGAAGCCUUGCAUAUCAACAAGGCCUUUCUGGUGCAAACAGGUCGUUAUAAGUUUACAGAAACUAGACAAGGAUAUUUGGUUCACUUGGGAAACUUGGAUUUUUGUCUUGUCCAAAAUCGGUUCAAAAAACAUAGAGCUGAUCGUGAACAGAAACUCUGUAUCACCACGUUUCAAGUUGUGGUCGACGAUGAACGGGGAGGGAAGCAUAUCAUCAAGACCUUACAUUCAACUUUCUGUGAGGUGGACUCCCCCAUUCGUUUGGGUUUCAGCUUUACUCCAGAUUGUGAUGAUUUUGAACCCACAGAAGAGGAAAUGAGAGUGAAAAAACAAGCUGCAACAUUGAGUAACCUUGCUGAUUUCGAUGCAAAUGAAUUCGGCAUGUCACACACUAUCCCACAAGAGCUAAUCUUUGACAUACUUGCAAGGCUUUCGACCAAGGAUUUGAUACGACUCAUGUGUGUUUCCAAAGCAUGGAAUGCAGCCAUCCAAGACCCAGAAUGGGCCAAGCUGCAUCUCCAGCUCUCCAUCAAGCGCAACUCUUUGGAUCCUACCUUUUUAAUUCUACCAUCUAAGCUUGAUGAGUUUUUUACAAUGACCUUGUUCGACAAUGGCACAAAGGGAAGACUUGUGUUAAUCAAGCAGCAGUCAAAGCAGGUUGAGAAAAGAAAUAAGAUCUUGGGCUGCAGCAAUGGUUUGCUUUGCAUUUACGAAUCUAUGGAAAAUGAAGACUUUGGUUUGUGGAAUCCGACAAUCCACAAGUUUAAGAGGAUUCCUUUGUCAGCCUUCAAUAAGUGGACGCAGAGCAAGACCUUUUAUGGCUUCGGGUAUGAUUCAGUCAAUGAUGACUAUAAGUUUGUGAAAAUGGGACAGUUUAAGGAUCCGAGUGGUGUUGUUACAAGCUCGGAAGUGCAGGUUUAUAGUCUAAAAUUGCACUCAUGGAAAAGGGUCCAAGAUUUGCCUUCUCAUCUUAAUAAAGAUUAUAUACUUGCCUCAAAUGGGGUUUGUCUGGGUAGUUCUUUACAUUGGUUGAUGAGAUUAGGUGAUAAAGGUGGAGGACCAAUGAUAGUUCUAUCCCUUGAUCUGGCAAGUGAAGAAUACCACUGGUUUUCUGCCCCAGCUUGCUAUAACAGUGAGCAUUUGAGUAUCAACUACUUGGAUUUGCAUGUAAUGGCAGGGUUCUUAUGCUUUUGUUUCGACACUGAUUUCCUCCGGGAGACUUGGAUUUUGAAGGAAUAUGGAGUUACCAAAUCUUGGACCAAGCUUUGUUAUUAUAACAGAUAUUGGAGUUGCAAUCCUUUGAUCUUUUCAAAGUGUGGUAAGAAGAUUCUUUUCCCAAGAGUUGCGGAAUUGUUUUGGUAUGAUCUGGAGAACAAGAGAAUUGAAAAUGUCAGCACUGAUAUCAGGCUUGUGAGGAGUAGGGCGUGGGCGUUACAGACGGUAACUUCUGUGGAAAACCUUAAUCUUCUUAGGAGGCAACCAGAACUACCUUAUAAUAACUGUCACUAACCAAUGCAGGGUCAUAAAGUAUUCUG